AUGUCUAAUUCCGUGGACGUGGUUGAUAUUGAUGCUGCAGUUAUUCAUCCUUGGUCAUACCUUUACUCCAUAUUCGAGAUUGUCAACGUUGGAAGUAAAUCGGCGCGUGUAAAAUGCCUUCUCUCUUUACCUCUACAAAAAGUUUUAUCGUCUGCGUUAAACUCUCCCUCAAAUCUGCAAAAGCAUGUUGAGGUAUUAAAGUUUCUAUCUUUGUCCAAUUAUUGGAAUAUCAUUGGCUUUAAUAGUAUUAAGUUAUUUAUGUAUCCAGCUUUCCUCGCAAAUAAUAAAAGGUAUUGAGUAAUAUCAUAUCCAAUCGAUCUUGUAGCGAAUUCACCCUUCCGAGCUCAAAACUUACAAGUCUUUGACAGCCGGUAUGCAAAGCUCUGCGAAGAGAAAAAAUGGCCCGACCCAAUCGUGUGAAACUGACCACCCAUUAAGGAAACAGCUGAAGAUAGGAGAAAAUCGAGAAAUGCUUUCUGCUAGCAACCAUAACAAGACAUUAUCACAAGCUGACAUUGAUCAUAUGAUUUUGGAUUUUGCAAUCGACGGACUGUUACCGUUUCGCUUUGUCUCGUUGACUAGCUUCAAUCGAAUAAUAAAAGCUAUCUCUCCUAAAUUUAAUGUCAUAAGCGAGUCAACUUUGAAACGGAGGUAUGGUGAUUUGGCUACGACUAUCUCCCAAAACAUAAAAUCAAUCUUGAAUGUCAGUUAUGUUGCCACUACAACUGAUGGGUGGUCAAUGAGAGGAAGGUCGUUUGUUGGGGUGACUGCACACUGGAUAGAUCCAAAUACCAUCAAACGGUUCUGGGCUGCAUUGUCGUGUGAACAUCUUCAGGGCUCACAUACCUACGAUGUUCUUGCUGGAGCUCUUAGCUCAAUCCAUAUCAAAUUUGGCAAUGCGAAAAAGGUUGUCUCCACCACAACUGACAACGCCUCCAACUUUGUUAAAGCAUUUCGUAUGUUUGGUUCCGUGGAUGAAGAGUAGAUGAAGACGAAGAAGAUGACACCGUUGAUGAAGACCUUAUACAACCUGUCUCCAUUACUGCAACACUUGUGAACCAACGAAGCAACGGUCGUGGAACAAAUGUGCAACUACCCCCUCACCAACGCUGUGCCUGUCACUCGUUGAAUCUCAUUGCUACCAAGGAUGCACAAGAUGCAGAAUUAGAUUCACAAUUCAAAAAGUUGCAUCGUUCAUCCUCAGCUAAAGCAACUGCAAUUUGGAACAAAUCUUCUCGGUCUGUUCAAACUGCCGAAGCUAUUGUCGAGAUAUGCAAGCAAGCUCUUGUAAAGCCAAACCAGACAAGAUGGAACUCGUGGUACAUGGCAAUUCAACGUCUAGUAAAGAUUAACAAAGAUGAUCCUCGAGCUUUGGCACUAUUGUGUGAACGGAUUAAGUUACCCAGGUAUCAUAUUUUCUAUGUAUGUCUAAAGUAUAGAUUUUGUGUUUGGUACUUUGGUAUAAUGUUUGGUAUAAUGUGUUUGGUACUUUGGUAUAAUAUUUUGCUGCUAAUGUCUGACUUUUACUUGUUAAGUGAUUAUUUAGAACCUUGCAGCUUAACGGGUUAAUAUUUUAUUGUAAUUUUUACAAUUUUAAUUUUCAAUUUCACGAUUGACGAGCUUGAGUUUUUUGAUGACUAUGUGAACGUGAUGAGACCUUUUGCACAUACACUCGACCUUCUGCAAUCAGAGGAGAAAGGAUUUAUGGGUUACCUUCUUCCAUCCUUGUAUGGACUCAGAUCAAUAUUGGUUAAUAUCCAAGAUAAGUUGACUUACUGUGAACCUCUUGCUGAAGCCCUCAUUGCUGGUAUAGACAAGAGGUUUGGCACCAUGAUGAGGGACCCCAAAUUGCUUGCAGCAAGUUUGAUCCAUCCACAUUUUAAGACUGAUUCGCUUAUUCCCAAUGAACUGAUUGAAGCUGGUAAGUUGUGCAAUAAUUAGUGUUUUAAGAUGUAUUGGACAAUUGGUUCUAUACAUCUAUAUAGGUUUUUACUGUAUCAUGUGAGUUUUGGGAAAUUGAAAAAUGAAAAAAAAUGUCCUAGAAUUUCUCAGAAAUUUCUCUCCUCUAUUUCAGGCACCAAUUACUUGGAAAUUAUGAUAAAAAAACCAGAUUGACAGCACUUCUGCCCCAACAGUCACACUCACAGAUGACCAAAAUGAAAGAAGCUGCCCUGAUGAAUUUGAAGAUUUGUUUGGGAGGAAGUCUAAACAAAAAGGCCCAGAUCCAAUGCAACAGCUGCAGCAUUUUCUAAGUCUUCCAGUUUCCCAGUCUGCAAAUGAAAUUCUACAGUGGUCCCAGCUGAAGGACAUAUUUCUCGAAUUAAACACUCCUAUGCCAUCAAGUGCUGCCAGUGAAAGGCUGUUUAGUGCAGAUCACAGAUCUUUCUACCUCGUAGGAGUAGAAUUAAUGAUUCCAACUUUGAGAACCAACUGA